AGUGUAUAGAAGAGGAACCUUUCUCCCACGCGGUGUUACCGUAUUAUUGUCCCCCAUGUGUAGUUGAUGGUGGUUUCCGCGUUGUGUCUAACAUGGAUUUUACACGUGAAUUGGAGCUUUUUCCCGACCACAAAGUCACACAGUUGCUUUUUAAAGAUGUAAAAAAUUCCAGGGAGCUUCGACAGUGUGCAGUUGAAGGUAAAAUCAGCGGCGCCUUGAUCAACCCGACCAUGGUGAGAGGAUCUCUAUUUACUGUUUCAGUCACUCAUGCUCGAUAGGAAACAAAUGUGUUGAUUUGUGGACUGGGCACAUGAUUUGCUGUGUGUAUCAUAUGUGGAACUAAAGAAAACACUUGAUUAUCAAACUUCUUUAUUCAUUUGCAGCUUGUGAACCCUUUCCAAGUCCUGGUAGCUGCUAACAAAGCCGUCCAUUCACAGAAAAGUGGUAAAAUGAAAACCAGGAGUUUAUAUUCAGAAAUCAUCUUCAACCUGUCCCCGACCAAUAAUGUAAGUAACCAAAUUAUUCUGCACUGAUGGUGAGAUAAUCAGCCGUAGGUUGUACACUAUGUACAACCUCUAUAUAGUUAAUAUAGGGGAGAGUGGGGUAAGAUGAGCCAUUUUUCAUAUUUCAGAUCAAUACAUCAAGACAAUCAUAGUUUUGCCUCUAACUAGUGAAUCUGCAUAUAUUUCAAGGUGUUGUUCAUCCCUGCAAAUCAACAGAAUGAGUAUAAACGUAACUGUCUUGAUAAUAUAGCAUGCAAAAAAAAGUGGUCUCCUAUGGUCAACUUACCCCGUGUAUGAGGUAAGUUGACCAUGUAGUCCUCUAAGUUAAAAUGGUGGACUUUUAUGUUAGGUUUUUGAGCUGAUGAUCUUUUUUGGUCUGAACACAACUCUAAUAAAACGUAGACUAAAUUCACUUUCAAGAGUAAAAAAAUUUUUUUUUUUAGAAAUAAAUAUCUAACCCCUUCACCCAUGUGCCUCUAACCUUCACAGACUCCAUGAAUUGAUGUCCAUCUCCUAAAUAUUUAGUCACAUGAUCAAUUUCUUUUACCAUUUCAAAGCAACAGGGGGUGGCUCAACUUACUCUUUGGCUCAAGUUACCCCACUCUCCCCUACAUAUAGUUAAUGUACAAUGACCACACAGCUAUUGAGUUUAGAACAAUAAAUUAAAAGAUAUUUACAUUAGAGUCUGAAGUAUGUUUUCAGUUUUAAGAUGCAAUGUAACACCACCCAACCUAUUAGGAUCUUUGUCAUAGAUUUAACAUUUAAUAUAAUGAGCAGGACAAUAAUAAAGGGCCAGGCUACUCAUUAAAUAUGUUUUUUUUUUUUUGCUUCGUUUACUUCUUUAUUCACUUCUCAGUAGCCAUUUACAAGAUUUUUCCUCCUUUUAAAUUAGUCACUGCUGUUUGUAUCCCUUCCCUCACACAGAUCUCAGAGGCUUUUAAAAGAUUUGGCAUCUCGGAUGGUGAUGACUCGGUAAUGGUGGUCCUGGUAUAUGACAGAAAUGAGUCACCGUCAUUGUCAAACAUUGUGGCCAAAGUGGACGGACAGCAAGUUCCAGUGGGAGAUCUUUCUUCACUGUCGAACCUCACCAAAAUCAAACAGGUUUUGCCUCUCUGUCUUCUUUUGUAUAUAGCUCUAGACUGUUUAGAUAGGUGUGGGACAAAUACUCAUGAUGCACACUGUGAAUUCUAUGAAAUGUAUACCAUUAGCUUUGAAACAAGCAGGAAUUUCCAUUUUUAUUUAAAUUAAACUUUAAUGUUCCUCUUUUAAUCCUUCCCCUUUGCUUGCUUUGAUUGCAGCUGUAUAAAGUUACUCCCCAGGAGGAAAAGUGCGGGACUCUGCUGGACGCAGUUGUGUGCAGGAUGGCCUCCAAAGAUGUUGUUUAGCUGCUUCGGGAAAAGGACCAGAACCAGAUCAUGAGCCCCUGUUUUCAAAUGAAAUAUAGGUUUUCUUUUUUCUCUUCCAGUACCUCAUUUGUGAGUUAUAAAACUGCAAGCAGUGGAAAAGAAAGGCAAGAAAAUUAAAAAGUUUUUAUUUAAUGUGCCAUUGAUUAUUUACUUUUUAUUACUCAACUCUUCUUCUCUAUUUAAAAACAUGCUAUAUAUACGGUAUAAGUUAAUUAUAGUGACUUGACUUACUCUCUCUCUCUUUGUCAUAUAUAAAAAUAUAUAUGCGUUUUUAGUAGUUGCAUUAAAAAAGGCCUCAUGCCAUUGCCAAUCAAAGGCAAAUUUUUCAGUCGUUAAAGUUAACAAGCUCAUCUUUUCCGAUGUUUCCUCCACUCAGGAUGCACACCACAUUUUUCCCCUCCAUCUCAGGAAUCUUGUUAUUAAAUAUGGCAGCAAAUGCGGCACAGCCCGAUGGCUCGACUACAAGUCCAGAACUGUAGAGGAUGGAAACGGCUUUCUUUAUUUCUUCAUCACUUACAAGGAUGAUCCCCUCAACGUAGCGCUGACACAGCUCAAAGGGGAGUGUGCCUGGGAUGAAAAGAAAAGGAAAGAGAUGCAAAUUUCAACUCUAACUGCAAUGUUAGCGUUACGCCAAUUCGAGUACAACCAAAGUGAUUUCAUGACAAUAUUUAAUGUUCUCAAACUUGGUCGGAUAUUCCAGAUUAAAAGGCUAAAAAAAGAAGAUUAGUUGAAAAUGUUCGAGACUUUUUAUGUGUGACUGGACUGCUUUAGUACGGUGGCCAAAAACCGCCACUGCUGCAAAUAAAAAUGAAUGCAGUAAAAAAAAAUAAUAAAAAAAAGAAACUGAAGCCCGCUGCAAAUAAAAACAGAAAAUUAAACAAUAA